CUCCCAAUGCCUCCGAUGGAACAAUGAGCGUCGCCCCCUUGAAGGGGGCGCGUUUUUGCUGUCCACUCUCGCGUUGUGUUUGUCUGCUGGCCGCUUGACGCUCGGGCCCAGCGGUGCUGAGCCAACUGCGUUUCAUUAAAUAAAAGAAAGGAUAAAGUAAAAUAACCCCCACCUCGAUUAAUAGCGGCGGCGUUGCAAACCGCACGUGGCGUGUCCCCUCGCCUGACCCAAGCGCCAGUGAAGCCACGGAGCGGAUUGGUCCCUGUGCGCUUUAUAACGGGGCGGGGGAGGCGACGGGGAAGCCACCGCCACCAACAUCAUCGCCACUACCACCACCACGACCACCACGACGAACUUCACUCACACCAGCAACGAGCAGCAGCAGCAGCAGUCGGAGUGAGUGGGCAGCGUCAGCGAGCGGCGCGCCCUCUACCGCCAACGUUGAGCGGCUGUCACCGAGAGCCACCGCCGAUCAGCGCUGAGAUACCGCAACAGCUGAGCGCAGCAGCGGCAGGCACGAGUGUCCUUGGGAGCUUCGCUGUUCUGGGAAUCUUCGCCGAUCACUCUGCUAGUCUCAAGAUGGUUGGAUUCAAGCCGACCGAUGUGCAGCCCACCCUGGGUGUCAAGUUCCUGAGUGCUGGCACGGCAGCGUGCGUGGCGGACAUGAUCACCUUCCCUCUGGACACCGCCAAAGUUCGCCUCCAGAUCCAGGGGGAGACGCCCUGUGGCAGUGCGGUGGUGCCGGGAGCCGUGCGGCAGAGGGGCCUCGUGGGCACCAUCACCUCCAUGGUGCGCACGGAGGGCCCCCGCAGCCUCUACAAUGGGCUGGUGGCCGGCCUGCAGCGCCAGAUGUGCUUCGCGUCCAUCCGCAUCGGCCUCUACGACACCGUCAAGGACUUCUACGCCAGGGGGGGAGAACAGGCGGGCAUGAUGACCAAGAUCCUGGCCGGUUGCACAACAGGCGGCUUGGCCGUAGCCAUCGCGCAGCCCACGGACGUGGUCAAGGUUCGCUUCCAGGCCCAGCGGAGCGAGCUCGGCAUGCCGCGCCGCUACACGAGCGCCUUCACCGCCUACCGCACCAUCGGCCGAGAGGAAGGCGUCCGGGGCCUGUGGAAAGGCACCCUCCCGAAUAUCACGCGGAACGCCAUCGUGAACUGCGGCGAGCUGGUGACAUACGACAUCAUCAAGGAGACCAUCCUCAAGCACAAUCUGCUCACGGACAACCUGCCGUGCCACCUCGUGGCGGCGUUCGGCGCUGGCUUCUGCGCCACCGUGGUGGCGUCGCCCGUGGACGUGGUGAAGACGCGCUACAUGAACUCCAAGCCCGGGCAGUACCGCAGCGCCAUGAACUGCGCGCUGUGCCUCAUCUCCAUGGAGGGGCCCACGGCCUUCUACAAAGGCUUCAUCCCCUCGUUCCUGCGCCUCGGCUCCUGGAACAUCGUGAUGUUCGUGACGUUCGAACAACUCAAGCGGGGGAUGAUGCUCGCCAAGCAGUCGUGGGAGAACCCCAUGUACAGCAGCGCCGACUAGCCCACUGAGCUGCGAGCCCCUUCUGCCCGCCCCGAGCCUGCCACCCCCCCCGUACGGAUUGUUUGGCUUGGUCGGGGCCGUCGCAACACCUGAGAGCACCCCCCCCCCCACCACCCCCCCCCCCGACGCCGCCCGGGGCGGCCCACCGAUGCUCCGCUUCCCGCCCCGGCUGCGAAAUUCCAGCAUGACGCGGUGAAAUCUGCGAAGCUAACAACGGAGCGCUGCCGCCGAUCGAGAUUCUCGACGAGCGAAGAGCGCGCGGCCCUCUGUGGGGUUGAUUAGAAGUGUAAGUGCGGCGUGUUUGCGAAAAGCACUGCAAAUGAACGAAACGGACAGAACCGCUCGCCCCGCAAACGAGGACAAUUAAGUAGCCCUCCCAAUGUGUUGUUAGGACCAUGUGGGUUGGUGAAGUGGCGUGUGCAAAUGUACACAUUCCUGAAUCCUAUUUUAAUUGGCUCCUUGGUAUACUCGUCGAUGCCCUUGAUGGCCACUUGCUGUGGUGUUACUAACACCCCGCCCGCUGGGAAGUUGACAUCAUCCUUGCGAUGCUCUCCACCCCACGCUCCACGCACUGCACGAAGAAACACAAGCCCUUAAUGACCAAUUGCACACUGUAGUAAUUAAAGCCCGAAAGCUACGGAGGGGGGGAGGGGGGGUCAUCUGUCGGCAACAAAGACGGUGUUCAUUGUGGUAGCACAGACUGUUGGAGAUUGUCAGGCAAAGGAGCCAAAGGUGCCUUCCUGCGUGUCGGGGUUGACGUGUGGAACUUCUGAUCACAGGAGGCAUCCACAGUGGGACAUUGCUUAUUCCGGGACCUUUGUGCUGAUAGCGACAAUCAGGAUGGUACAAUGUUGAGGUUUAUUUUUUAAUGAGAAUACUGCAAUUGAUUAACAUGUGACAUUUAGCAAUAUGUUGUGGUUCGAUCAACAAACCAACAAUUUAAAUAUAGUCGUCUUACAGCUUGAGCCAUACGCGUGAAUGUACGCCUCUUGAUUUGAGAUGUAUAUAAUUUUGGAGAGCAUAUCCAAAGGGAAGAAGAGACUCCUAUGUUUAAAACUGUAUUUAUAAAGGAAGUAGGCACUGACGACGUUUCAUCGCAUCAAUGCCAUUUUCUGCUAUGACCUUUUGACCUUGAGAGAGAUGUACGCAAGAAUUUGAUUGUUUUACUUUUACAAUUAUUUGAUAAUGCCGUGCCUCUCUUAGCAUAGUGACAGCUUCACUGCCAGUGCAGUGUUUCGCGAGAAAUUAUCAAAAGGGAAACAGUCAUCAAUAUUUACUAUUUAUAGUUUAGGCCAUGAAACAUUACAUUUACGGCAUAUGUUGCCAUAAGAACCUCCGCAGCCGAGGAGGAUAACAAUAUACUGAUUUUUACUUCGUUUUACAAGUGAUUUUACACUUUAGGGCCGUAGGAAUACACUGUAAUAAUGGACACUUUGAUUGCGUGGCUUUGGCACAAGUCAAGCUCACUCUCUUAGUGGCUGCUUGGAAAGCUCAGGUAUAGGGGCACUGGGCUGGCUCAGCUUUGUCUCAAUCGGCGGGGCAUUAAUGGGGAAACGUGUUGCUAAAAAAAAAUGGGUUGGACAUCGUGGAGCAAUGAGCUGGGUUCGUUGCCAAGUAUUUUAAUGGACAAAAAACAUGUUACACAGAGCACUUUUCUAAACGUUGUGUUGGUGGCUCAGUGAGUUCAGAGCCUCGUCAGUCUUGAACCAGUACUGAGAUCCUGGGUGGAAAUCUGGGUAGCCACCAGAAUUGACCGCAAGCAUCAAACGCAAACUCACCACAGGUGAGUUCUCUGCGCUGCACAAAAACAAAAUUAUAGAGCGUCACUGUAAUUAGCCGAGCACAUUCAGCUAACAUGUGCAGAUAUAAACAUAUCAGAGAUUUGGCAUGGUGAACACACACUUCACGCAGCAUUACAGAGAAACCUAAUCGACGUUGACUAGAUGGAGCGUCCAUUCCCUCGUGUCACGUGAUGGGAGGUUAUUUUACCUCAUGAAUUUUAAUUGCACAGUAAUUUCUGAUGAAAUAAAAACAACUAAGGGUAACAUAGAAAGCACUUUUUUAAAUGAAUUUGUAGAAAGUUAAUACGAUAUAUAUUUCAAAAAUGCAGCACAAUAGUUAAAUUGUGUUUUUUGUGUGACUUUGGAUGGCCCUUGCGCAAUGGUCGCGGGGUGGUAGCUAUCAGGGCACCGCGUCUAACUGAACGCUGCUGCUGCUGCUGCUGGAAGCCUCAUGGGCAGCGUGCUUGGCUUCUGGGCUCGUGUGCACAGCAUUGUUGUACGUAUGCACUUACGCUGAAUUUCUUUAAACGCAAAAAGUAGUCCUUAAGAAAUUAUUUUUCAACCGAGAUUUUCAAGUGCAUAGCUCCAGUGGCUUCCUAAUAUCGGAAGGGAGAACGUUCCAGACGGGCCGCAGAAGCGCAUCUGAAAGUGCGCAAUGCGAUGACCGUCUUUGUUCGAUGGCCAGUCAAAAAUUGCUGCGAGGAUAACCGGACUUUGAUGAGAUCAGCAAGGUAUUGUGGUUCAUUUGUAGCAAGCACUUCUAUAUGUAAUGAGUGCGACCUUAUAAUGUAUUCGUUCGGUAACCAGAAGCCAAUGGCGGCUUGGUGAGCACUGGACGGAUCUUACAGUACCCGACACGACAAGUGUAGAAGAGUUUUGUACAUGCUGACGGUUUGAGUAAUGCUAUGGGUCAUGUCCAGAGUGUACCACCCGCUCGAUAACAGACAUUAAAGACCUCGUGAAAUUGUUUAUAAGUUAAGGUAAUUUUGAAUUGGUAAUCAAUGCUAUGGCAUGAUUACCAAUUCUCAACCUUGUGUAACCAUGUACCGAUGCCUCACAAAUGAAAUGUCUGAUUUUGAUGAUCUUUACCACGGUCAAAAAUGAAGAAAGAUCAACAUGAGAAGCCACGUACUCUAUUGAGCUGCAAUCGGGUUUCCUUAGCAUGUGCUUCUGAAAAACGAACAAGGUAUUUAAAUAUCAUAACGACAAUUGUUUAAUAUUUAAAAUGAAGACCUUGCCUGCAAAUUACACAUCUACUGACAUAUCCUACCACCAUAACAUUAAAAUCAAAUAAAAGCAAUGUCUAUUUUAAACAUGUUGAAUAUGUAAUCUACAACAGUGGGGGCAUAUUUAUGUUUUAUAUGCACCAGCUGAUAAUUACCUUGGGCCAUUUUAAUUUAAAAGGUAAUUACAAUGAUUUUCAACAUGUGUAUCUGACAUUUUUUUUUACAAAAUUUACUAAAAUUAUUAUUAAUGCAUGAGGUGUAAAAUCGUUUCCAUAAAGUAUUUAUUCAAAUAUUGUAAAUCAGUUUCUACAAACAUUAUAAUUCAAAGUGAAUGUUUUAUUUUUGUAGACAAGGAGGGCUGCGCGUGAAUAUUGUUCACCUUCAACUGAGCGCAAUCAGGUGCCAUUACUAGUGGAAAACCGCCUGGCAAAAAUAUAGCAUUUUAAUUUUAUAUAUAUGUCACGUUGCUGCUAAAUUUGUGCAUUAGUUGGCAGAGGUGGUCUUUGCGUAAUUUAAAAAUACAUCUUAUACAGAUAUGUAAUUUGCAUCAGAGAACGUUUGCUGUCAACCCAUGUACAGCUUCACAUAUCAGUCACGUGAUUGACCCACCAGUCACAUGACACGCUUUAAAAUAAGCAACCUUAAUUAUAAGAAAAUGUUACUGUUGUACUCUCGAUUUUAAUGAGAACAGGCUCUUCAUGAUUACUUGCAGUAUUAAUGCUAUUUGAGGUUUCUCUCGUGAUGUAGACAGUUUUAAUUUGUGAAUUAGGGGAAAUUCAUGGUUGAGAUCAGUUUAACACGUAGGCCACAAUUCUGGCUAAUCGCCUUAUGAGGCUGGUUGUAAUCACUGGCGAAACGUCAUAUUCGAAUUGUAAAUGUUGUGCUGAAGUAGUAACUAAAUGGCACGUUAUGUUUACGUGACAAACCUUACUAAUUGGCUGUAUCGGGUGGUGACUGGUUUAAGGACAAAUUUAAUUAAAAAAUAUAUAGGUUUUACCCUUUAUGGAAAUAAAAGUUGUUAAAAUGCUCUGAUAUACGUGCAUUGUCUUUGUGCUGUUUGCCUUUUGGCAUUCUCUGGUCUUGACACUGGUUCGACGAUGCCAUGAAGGAGGCUGUCUCUGGUGUGGGCCAAUCAGUUUCAAGGGCAAUGCAUAUAUUAUCAGAGCAUGUUUGUUUGCAUG